AAUAGGGCUGGGUCUGUUAUCAGUGGAUCUGUUGGCAGUCUUGUGUACUGCAGCGGAGCGAAGAAGGAUUGGCUUUAUUGCACUAGGGGGAACAGUAGGUAUCCAGGAUAUACCAUGCAAGUGGUAAACACAAAGGGAGGGCUAUCUGCUGCUGCUGCCCCAGUCAGUACUUGACUGAGAGAGAGACAGACAGAGAGAGAAAGAGAGAAGAAAUGGAGGCAUCCAGCCAGCUACUAAGUCUUGACCAAAAGAAGGAGGAAGAUGUUGGGACUAGCUUGUUUCACUGCCAUAUGAAGCAAAGACGGCUUUUUAAUCCUCAAGAGGAGAUGAAGUUCCUGUUACACCGGUUGAUAGUCGUCGCCAGCCUCCCCCAGCAACUCGCAGACAGGAAAGACCUGGGAGUACACUACGAAGAACUGAACCAGCGCUUGCAGAGGUAUUACCAAGGUGAUGCUAUCACAGGCCUGCUUUUGCUGUACCCAACCUGCAUGCUUCAUGUCAUUGAGUCCUCCAGCGAGGUUCUUGUGUCUCUGCUGCAGGAUCUGAGGGACAUGCAGGAACGGCCACACUGUGUCCUGAUCGAGGCGCCCAGGGUCCUGGUGAUGUCACAUGACCUUCCCAGCAGGUUGUUCCAGCAGUGGAGCUACAAGGUGCUGAAUGUGCAGCCCAGGCUGGGUGGGAUGCUGAGUAGAGACGGGCCGGAGGAGGACACAGACACACUGGUCAGCACGGCCCUGUCUAUGCUGCUCAAGCUGGGGAAUCACCUCCUCAAAGCCACCAAGGGGUCAAAGAUGCCCCCGGGCUCUGUUCUGGAUGAAGUACCAGAGAUGAUAGUCCCCCAGGAUAUCCUGGUUCAGCUCCUGUCUAGAGGAGACCUUCUGAGCCCCCAGCAGUACCUGCAGGCCUACCACACCCCUCUCCACAUCCUCAUGGACUCUGGUGAGCAGGACUUUAAUCACUCAUCAACAGGGUUGGGGUUAACUCCAUUACAGUUCAGUCAAUUUGAGAAGUGAAUUGAAGUUCCAGUACAUUAAUUAAUUUAAGAAAUUGUCUGUGAAAAUCAAUGGUUCUCAGAUUGUUAUAUAGUUCACGCUAACUGAUAACUUUGAUACCUAAACAUUGCCACAUGCUGUAUGUUCUGUGAUUUGUUUUAAGGGCACGUGUUUGGAAGCAGUCAGCUAACUACAGUUUAGUGUUUGGCCAAAAGGUCAAAGGUAUGGGUCUGUCAGCAUGAAACCAAUGCACGUGGUUUGAACCCAGAGAAUAACAUUGCAUGCAUCAUCUCAAAUUGGAUCUGCAUGACUUUGAAUGGAUUGUAUCUCUCUGAAUGAAGGAUAUUUUGAUUCCGGCACAGUAUAUUCCUUUGUACGCAAGGGAUCUUGAUGUGUUGCUGUGCAUUUGAAUCUUAUUCCUUGUCUUUGUCUCGUGUUCUUGUCCUUGUCAAAGGUCUCUGGCCUAUGCUUUAAUAUUGGGAUUUAUUUUGUGGACAAUGUCAGUUAGGAUGAUUCACAUGUUUGAUAUUAUUUCCACAGAGCGUACUUGGCCUCCACCUGAGCAACUUCGAUGUGAAUUCUGACUUCUGAUGUGAUACAACUAGGCAUUUGAAUGUGCUUCCUACUCAAUCUGUUUUCAGGGUUCAUGCCUGGUUAUUUGUAUGUGUUAUUGAGAACUGCCAUUCAUCUGAACUGUGUGAAACAUUCAACUAUAAAUAAUUGUCCUUGCUCCAACAAUGGAUACUACAUAACAAGAUACAUUGUUUGAUAUAGUGUUAAAAUACACAGGGACUGCAGGGUAGGUUUGGUUGUAUAUUGCAAAUAUUUCAUAAAUAUUUUAUUGAAUGUGAA